CCAGAGUUUUAACCAUUUGAGCCACCACUGCCCCUAUGUCAGCAUGGUCCCACAAGUACAUUUUUGCAGUAUUCUUUUCCUGAUGCAACCUUUUUUACCCAGGCUUGGGACCAAAACCUAAUAAUUAUACAUCAUAUGUGCUAUUUACUAAAAGGCUAUUAUUUGUUAAUAUUGUGAGGACAUGCUUAAUUACUAUUAUAAUAGAUUAGAGACUAUACUAGUCUCUAGUGUCAGUGCUUAGUAACAGUCAGAGAUAACGUUGUAGAAUUGAAUUUUUCAACAAGGGACAAUCCAGGCACCCUCAUGCCCUAAGUCUUCUGGGAUAGGCUCCAGUGUCCGUGCUGGAGGUGGAGGGGGAGGAGUAGAAGGAAGCGUAGUGGUAGAUGAGCUUGGAUCAUCAGCACCACAGAGAGCUACAAUCUGGGCUUAGAGGAAUGUAUGAAGAGAAAAAUGCUGCUGCCGGUCCUGCUUGAUGUAUGGCACAAGCAGAGUGGGGGAUGUUCUAAAGGCGCCGCAGUGUGAGUUCCUCCAGCUGACAGUGAGUAAAGCGUACCUCGGGAAAGAUGUAUGCCUUCUACUCUCUGCUGGUUUACAUCUUCUACACUGUCUUUAAGAAGGACGAGGAGACCGCACUAGAAGGGGCAUGCGGAGAGACUACGGAGGAGCCUGGUCAUGUUUCCAUGGAAACAGGGAGCAGGAGGAAAGGUGGCCACACCCCCAGGUUGGGUAAAAGGCAGUGUGACAGAAUCAGUGAGUCAAGCAGCAGCAGCAGUGACAGCGAUGACCCGUCUCUCAGUGAUGAAGAUAGUGAAAUCAAUGACAGUUAUGCAAUCCCAGCCAAAACACCUCUGGCAGCCUUCCUGUCCUUCAAGCAGGAAACAGAAAGGAGAAGAGUUUCCACUGUCCAAACCGAGACAGGGGAAAAGGUGUUCGAGUCUCCUCUGGUGGCCGUCAUGUCCCAUCUGCUGAGCUUUCUGGAGCAGUACUCACACCUGCAACAGCUGCAGCAGCAGGCCGAGCAGUACCGCAUGCAGCUGCGCAGACACCGCGUGCAGCACCGGCGAAAGAUGAAAGCCCUGCGCAGCUCCUACAGGCAGCGCCUCCGUGACAAGAGCAGCGUCAUCCACAGCCUAGAAGAGGCCAUUGCUCAGCAGCACACCCCUUCACCUGACAAUGACACAGGGUCUCCAGGCCUGCAUAAGUUGGUGCAGUCCCUUUGUGGCCUACAGGGGGAGAGGAGUUUGCUGCGGGGCGAGCUGCGUCUUCUCCACUCACAGCUGGAGCAGAGAGAGCAGGACCGCCACUGCAAAGUACAAGCCUUCCAACAGCAGAUUGAUGAGCUGAAGAGUUGCAUUGAGGAGCGAGAAGAAGAGCUGUCCAAGCUCCGCAGUGCAUCUGGAGCAACAGACUCGGAAAAGCGUAUAGUGUGCUUGUCAGCUGAGAAUGAGAGUCUGAAACAGAGCCUGUCAGUGACUCAGGGCCUCCUGCAGCAGCUGUCCAUCAUCCCAUCUCAGUCCAGCUCCCUGAUUAUUAAGGAGAACGAGAACCUGCGUAGCCGUGUGCUGCAGCUGGAAAGCACUCUGCAGCAGCGGGCUGAGCAGCUCUCACGUCUGGAGCGCCAGAGCGAGCAGGACCAGUGGCGUCGGGGAGAGGAGCUCAGGAGACGAGACGAGAGAGUGAAGGAGCUUCAGCUCGAGCUGGACAAGGAACGCAGCAAGGAGCCUAUAGUCAAAUAUGUCACUCAGACGGUAGAGGUAGAGUCGCCAUCAACAGUGAGGCAACUCACUGAGACUAGAGAGAAAAACGACCAACUGAAACAGAGGUUGUCGAGCCAAAAAGAAAGGUGCAAACAGCUGGAGGAGAAAAUCAGACGCUCUGAUGAAGUUAGCUGUAAUCUUCAGCAUAAGAUUGCAGCAUAUGAGAGAGAGAUUGGGACACUGCAGGCAGAGCUGAUGAAAGAGAUUGUGCAUCUGGAGGAAAAAAAAGAAGCAGCUGUUAAGGCAGCUGCAAACUGUUCACAGGAGCAGGUUCAGAGCCUGCAGGAUCAAUUCAUGACGCUACAGCAGCGUCUGAACGCUCUCCCUCCCACCCUGCGAUCCAUGAAGACAGACUAUGCCAGUCUGCGUACUCAGGUCCGCAAUUUUGCUGAUUUUUAUGGAUCAGCCAUCAAAGAGGCCAAGAAACAGAUUUCAGCAGCAAUAACAGAAAUGUCCGAGGCCAAUAAGGAUCUUCUGGAGAAAUACAGGAAAGAGGUUGCUCUUCGCAGGAAAUACCAUGAGCAGUUGGUAGAGCUAAAAGGCAACAUCCGUGUCCUGUGCCGUGUGAAACCAGUCCUAACAGAGGACCAGCAUGACGAAUGCCAGGCUGUCGCUGUGACCACAGACCCUCACAAUGAAUCUGCACUCACUGUCCUGAGUAAGGGCAAAGCAAAGACCUUUGAGCUGGACAAAGUCUUUCACCCUCAGGCUACUCAAGAGGAGGUGUUUCAAGAAAUCGAGCCCCUGAUUACCUCCUGCAUUGAUGGAUAUCAUGUCUGCAUCUUUGCUUACGGCCAGACAGGCUCAGGGAAGACCUACACCAUGGAGGGUCCAGUGGAGAACCCAGGCAUUAACCAGCGAGCUCUAAAGCAUCUUUUCAAUGAGAUCGAGGAAAGGAAGGACAUGUGGACCUAUACUGUCACUGUCAGUUCAGUGGAAAUCUACAAUGAAGUUCUCAGAGAUCUGCUAAGUAAAGAUGGAGAGAAGCUGGACAUCAAAAUCAAUCCUGAUGGCACAGGUCAGCUACACGUGCCUGGUCUCAGGAUUAAAGAAGUCAAAAACUUUCAGCAUAUCAAAAAAAUCCUGGCAACAGCACGCAGAAACAGGAUAACAUUCGGAACGCAAAUGAACCAGCACAGUUCUCGUUCCCACGCUCUGCUCACCGUCUCAGUGCAAGGAACAGACCUCGCGUCCGGCACCAAAACCACUGGUAAGCUGAAUCUGGUGGACCUGGCUGGUUCGGAGCGUGUGUCCAAGUCAGGGGCAGAGGGCGAGAGGCUAAAGGAGGCCCAGAACAUCAAUCGCUCAUUGCUGGCACUUGGGGACGUGAUCCAGGCCCUGAGGGGCCGCCAGACCCACAUCCCCUUCAGGAACUCACGCCUCACGUACCUGCUGCAGGACUCACUGGGCAAGGGCAACAAAACAGCCAUGGUGGUGCAGAUUUCCUCACUGGAGAAGAAUGUCGACGAGACGCUGUGCUCGCUCAAGUUUGCACAGCGUGUGUGUAAAGUGGAGCUUGGCCCUGCUGCACGCAAGAUUGAAAGUGGGGGCCACUGUGAUAACUAAAAAGAACUCCCACUGCACACUUUUGAAACUAGAAAUCCAGGAAUGUUUUUGUCUCAAUUUUUGUGUAAAAAAGACUUUCAUGUUUAAUUAAGGGCUAUGGUUCAGGAAGCCACAUAAGUAGCAUCUAUUCUUAAGAGCCAUGGUUAAUACCCGAUAGUACAAAAAUUGGCUUGGCUUCUUUCUACAGGCUGAGCGGCAUGUCCAAGUGCAAUGCGUGUAGAUUUCCUCACUGCACUUUUACUACAUUCUAGAAAACAUCAUCUUACUGGCCAUCAACUACUUAUCGGUGAAUAAGCACAUUUCAUCGAUCAGACUUUGGUGCAUUAAAAAAUAAAAGGUCAAGACAAGUUUAUCCACUCUAACCACCGUAUCAUCACUUUCCAGGUGUCUACCAUCGCUUCCUCAGUCAUUCGAUGCACAUGUAGAAGUUUUCAGGUUAACACUAUGAUGUGUGACAGCCGCUGAUCUGCACUGAGGUGGUGAAUGUGUGUUUGUGAUUAUGUAACUGUAUGAUGCUAUGUUUUGUGUUCACUUAUAUCUUUAUCCUUAGGCAUUGAUGUGGCAGAACACAGGAAAAAAAGGACGAAUUUGGCUUUAAUAUUUUUCCUGCAGAAACGGUACUUCAUGUUUUUACAAUUCCUAAAUAUAUUCCACCAAAAUAAUGUGGAAACUUUAUUGGAUUUUCUUUUUUUUUGUCAAGGCUUUCUGGUUGGAAGUUAACUCCAAAAGUUAACCAGGUUAAGAGUUUUCCGAAGCUGCCACACCAAUGAAAGCCAGAUCUUAUCAUAUUUACAGUACGUGUGGUAAAAAUAGUGGUUUUCUUAAUACUCAUUUAACCUCGCAUUUCUUUUUAAUAAUAGUAUAUAAUCAGGUCAUGUUGAUUAUUCUCAAUAGUGCAAUGUUUGUGGGAGGCUCAUAAAGGAGUAAUAAUAGUAAUUAAUAUUGCCUGAGCAGAUGUUUUAUUAGCCAUUAUUUUUACUGUAGACAAAAAAAGAAGAAAAAUUAGGAAUUUACUUUAUUAUAAAACUAGGUGCUUUGUCCAUAGAACUAGGGGAUAUAUAUUUUGUAUUUAGUUUUGCCUGUGCCAUUUUCUGUUAAUAUAUACAUUCAUAUUUAUACAAAAGUUAAUGUAGAUAGAUUCAUAUUUAUUUAAUUUAUUUAACAUCACAUGGGGCUAAGAAUUUAUGAGAAUUUGUGGAAUCAUUAAUGGAAGGUGAACACAACCUAUAUAACCACUACAUUCUGAUUUAUCUCAAUCAAAAAAUACUUUAAUUCAGUUUCCAUCCUGGAAUUUUUAUUUUGGAUUAUGAAGGUAAAUAUAUGUUUGCUCAUUAAUAAAGCCAAAUACAGAAGCAGUGUUUUUCUUAUAAACACAAGGACUGUCCUUGGCAUUCUUACAGAUUUCGACACACUGACUUUGGGCUUUAAAACUUUCCUGAUUACUUGUUUAUCAGUGACACCAGAGAGAA